AUGCCCCACAAAUCCAAAAACACAGCUGAUGGUGGUAGAAAUACAUUUAAGUUGGACACACAUCCCGUGCAAGCAGCAUCACUAAACAAUGAUCUUACAUGUAAGAACCAAGAGUUGGAUAUCACAGUGGCAAAGGUGAACAUUGGAAUUGGCAAGAUCAAUAUUCUGGAGAUCAUGAAUAAAUUGCAAUUUGGUACAUACAACAACAGGGCACAAAAUUUGAGUGAGGAAAGCAAUGCUCUUAUGAUUGUUAUUGCACCAAGCCAUCUCCAUGCUGGCCAGGAGUUGAGUGAAAACUGGAAUGAUUGGGAGAGUUUGAAUGAGGUGAAGUUUGUUGACAGGAAGCUGCUGAUACUAGCAUUGGGCCAGCACUGGGUGGCCAUGCUGAAAAAGAUGGUGCAGGCAUUCAUCAAUGAAGAAGCCAUGCUCAAGAAGAGGAUCACAUGUAUUGAGGGGGUGAAAGAACCCAGUGAUGAUUCAGUGACAAAGCAGUUGAGCUAUGGAAUCAUCUUGCUGUAG